AAAAGCCCUCCCACUUGCUCAUGAUAGGCUUACCCAAAAUAGCAACAGCCUGUGUCACCAAAAAGGGCAAAACCUGCUGGAAGAGAAAGAAAAAGUUGCUCCCGGAUCCCUCAGUAACUUCCAGAUUUCACUUUGCUCCUGUCCCACGCUGCCAUGGACAGAAGAGCCAGAGGCACCAGAUUUGACAGCAAGGGUGAAACGCUCUCGCUGUAGAGCCUCUCGUCAUCGCUGGGAAGUAACCAAGUUGGCAAGCUGUUUUUCUACAGCCAUGGUACCUGCGCAGGACACAGAGGACCUCAGCCAGCAAUGUCAGAAUAUAGGAGAGGAAUGCAGCAAUUGCAGCCUGCACAAGCUUCCUGCUCAAACAGGAUUCGGAAUGCUCACUCUUCUAUCAUCUGGCAUUGCUGCUAUCAGUGGCCUUCUGAUGGGUUAUGAAUUUGGAGUUAUCUCUGGAGCUCUUCUUCAGCUAACUAGCAUCCUAGUCCUUUCAUGCCGACAGCAGGAGAUAGUUGUAAGUGCUCUUCUCAUUGGUGCCUUUCUUGCUUCGUUGACUGGUGGGAUCCUGAUCGACAAAUAUGGGAGGCGAGUUGCCAUCAUGCUGGCAUCUGGGUUACUUGUACUGGGAAGUCUAGUGCUGAUACUCUUCGCCUCAUACGGACUCCUCAUAAUAGGGCGGAUUGUGAUAGGGGUUUCCAUUUCACUCUCCUCAACCGCAACUUGUGUGUAUAUCGCAGAGAUUGCCCCGCAGCACAGAAGAGGCUUGCUUGUGUCUUUGAAUGAACUCAUGAUUGUAGUGGGCAUACUUUUUGCCUAUGUUUCAAAUUAUGCCUUUGCCAGUGUUUCCCAUGGCUGGAAGUACAUGUUUGGCCUGGUCAUUCCACUUGGGAUUCUACAAGCCAUCGCUUUGUAUUUCCUUCUGCCAAGUCCUCGUUUUCUCGUUAUGAAAGGCUUUGACGAAGCUGCCAGCCAAGUGCUUGGAAAACUCAGGACAACCACAGACACCACCAAAGAACUUGCUAUGAUCAAAUCUUCCUUGAAAGAUGAGCACCAGUACCGUUUCUGGGAUCUGUUCCAUUCAAAAGACAAUAUGAGGACUCGGAUGCUGAUCGGAAUCACUCUAGUGUUUUUUGUACAAACAACAGGACAGCCUAACAUCUUGUUUUAUGCCUCCACUGUUUUGAAAGCAGUUGGGUUUCAGAGCAAUCAGGCAGCUAGUUUGGCCUCUACUGGUGUUGGAGUGGUCAAAGUGGUCAGUACAAUCCCAGCCAUCCUUUUCGUCGACCAAAUAGGAAGCAAGACGUUUCUUAUCAUUGGCUCAUCCCUCAUGUCUGUGUCAUUGUUCACCAUGGGAUUGAUCACACUUAAUAUACAUGUGAAUGCCACUGCUGUCUGUAGAAACCAGUCCUGGGAAGAUGCCACAUUCCACGGAGUGGGACAAUUGACCUCCACAAAUGAAACUCUAGAGGAGCAAUUUGCUAGCCUGGCUUCGUCCAGCACAGUUUCACAAUGGAAGGCUGACAUUUCUAAUACAGAAAGGUGGAACAAGACCUUGUCAGUGGGGGGCAGAGCCCCCGACACAAGCCACACAGAGUCUCAGGUAGCAGCAGAAGCAAUGGAAGUUCGAUCAGCUCUGAAAUGGCUCUCUCUGGCCUCCUUGCUUGUUUACAUUGCUGCUUUCUCCAUAGGACUUGGACCAAUGUCCUGGCUGGUACUGAGUGAAAUAUUUCCUGGUGGGAUCAGAGGAAGAGCGAUGGCUCUAACCUCCAGCAUGAACUGGGGUGUUAAUCUUCUAAUCUCCUCAACCUUUUUGACUACAACAGAUCUCAUUGGUUUACCGUGGGUCUAUUUUGUUUAUGCCAUGAUGAGCCUGGCAGCGUUGGCGUUUGUCGUCUUCUUCAUCCCCGAGACAAAAGGAUGUUCCCUAGAGCAGAUAUCUAUGAAACUGGCAAAACAUAUGCAACAAGUACUCAAUGCUGCAGAGGGCCGACGCCAGGAUCAACUGAUGCCUAUAGAACUUCCCAGCAAAGAAACCCAUGAACAAUUCUACUAAGGCAGGAUGGUGCACAAAACCCACAUCAAUAUAAUUUUUAAAGGAUGACAAAAUGGUAGAAUACUCAGAAAUGCUGGCAGUACUUCCAUAUGCAUAUUCUUCUACUAUAAAUAAGCUUUUCUGUAUUUUUUUGUUCAAUGGACUCUAUAAAAUGCUUUUCACGAUGUAACGCACAAAUCUCUCCAAUAUCACAUUAUGGUAGGUGAACGGGAUAUACCAGAGAGAAUCUUCCACCAGUGGUUUAGAGCUUGUGAAUCUGACCAAAAUGUGGGCAUUUGUUGUUAUUAUUAUGGGAUGGGUUGUUUUUAUUGUUUUUUUAUGCUACGACUCACCCAGGAACCUUAUGAAGAAGGAUGGGCAAGAAUAGUAAUGAUCAUGAUAGUAAUAUACCAGCCAUAGGCAAACUCGGCCCUCCAGAUGUUUUGGGACUACAACUCCCAUCAUCCUGACCACUGGUCCUGCUAGCUAGGGAUCAUGGGAGUUGUAGGCCAAAAACAUCUGGAGGGCCGAGGUUGAGGAAGCCUGGUUUAGCAUAAUGACCAAACUAAAGCACAGCAGCCAAACCAUGGUUUAGUGUUAAAUGAAUGAGCCUGCUCGACCACUUCUCUCUCCUCCAGCACAUCAGUGAAGAGGGAAGAAUCUGCUUUCUAGUUUGAACACACCACAAACUAACCACUGUGGCCCUUUUAGGUUGCAACAGGAAACUCUGAUUAGUUUAAAGGAGAAAGCAGAUGUUUCCACAGUGCAGGAGGGGAGGAAAUGCACAAGCACUAAAGAAGGAGGUCCUCAACAGGCCUCUCUGCUGUUUCUUGAAAGACUAUGCACACUUGAAUUUUAGCAAAUCUCAGGCAUAGGGGGUUACAGCAGGAAUGGCUAGCCUGUAGCCUUGCAGCUCCCACCAUCCCUGACCAUUGGGCAAUUCUGCCUGGGGCUUAUGGAAGUGAUGAAUCCAAAAUGAUCUGGAAAUGAUCUGGAAGGUCACAGAUUACUUCUCUAGCAAGUAUCAAGAAUGAUAAAGUAUACUUCCAUGAUGGCAUAGGCAGAUCACUCUUAAAAUAAUUAUUUGUGAUUACUCAUAAAAGAAUUAUAGUUUAACAA